UUCUUCGACUGGCAACACCGACGACAAUUGUCAUUUUCAGCUGGCCGUAAUAAUAAAUAAAUUUUAAUUGUUUAUCAUACAAAUAUUAUAAUUUCAAUAUUGUUAUUAGUGAUCUAAUAGUGUAAUUAGUGUCGAUUGUUGUUUGUGUACAGUUUAGUGGUGUAUUACUUGCAAAAAUCGACAUUACAAAUAGUGUACCGGCCAUCUGUCAAACUGUUCGUGAACAACUAAGUUUUAUUCAAAAUUAUUUUGCAAUUGUUUCUUGGAUUUAUCCCAAGAAACUCAUAAUCAUUGCAAGUUUUACAUAAAAUAUUCAUAUUAAGUUAAAUUAAUAAUAAUUAUAGUGAAGUUCGGUUGUUGCAUACGUCGAAGGAAAAAAAUACCCACUAAUUUAAUUGAACCCACUCGUGUAACCGCUACGACUGCUACUUGUCUUGACAAUGUUUUUUGUAACUGGCAUGCAUCGGGUGGUGCAUCGGAGCUAGGUUCUGUAAUGAGGUGAGCACGGGCGGACAAGAUGCCGGCGACAUCACGAGCCAUUGUCGACACUGACUAGCCGAUACGGGCUUACUGCGCUUUCAAUUUCGAGCUGGAGAUGCGACGACAGGCUCGGAUAUCAACUGGCGGCGCGUUGGUCGUGCGCUCCGCCUCUGCACUGCAAGUAUGGCUAUGGCUGUUAAUAUUUAUAUUUCAAAACGAAAUCAAAGAAAUAUCCGGAACUAUUAAGCCAGGUUAUUUAGACUUCGAUAACCUACCUGAAACAAACUUCACGUGUGCGGGGAAGGUGAUCGGUGGUUACUACGCCGAUCUGGAGACAUCCUGCCAAAUGUUCCACGUGUGCACUGUGGGUCAGCAGGACGAACCUAUGGAUAUCAAGUUCCUUUGUCUCAAUGGCACAGUCUUUGAUCAAGAGACUAGAGUCUGUGAGAGAGUAGAUGAAGUAGAUUGUACAAAGUCUGAAAAGUUUUACAGUUUAAAUUUAGAAUUAUAUGGCAGCACAGCACCGCCUAUAAUACAACCAGAUGAAGAAAAAUCUGAAGCUGAGUCAACCGAACAAUCUAAACAAACCAAAACCCCUAAUGAACAGAAUGUUAAUAUAGCAAUAGACGAAAUUACCUCUACAACACACGAGAAUAGUAAAACACAGAAUCAAUCAUUAGAUGUUGCAGAUACUACCGAAGAUCCCAUUCAAGAAAUAAAAAAAGAUGAACCAAAAAUUUCUCACCAUAAUCGACCCACAUAUCAACCUAUUCAAGUUGCAGAAAAUGUAGAAUUAACCGAAGAAUAUCAAGAUGAUGACGAUAGCAUAUAUGAAGACUACCCGCACUCGCCACCUACUACAACACAUUUUACCACAACAACAAUAAGAACAACAACAAUAUCAACACCACGUCCAAUAACAAUAACCACCACUACUACAACCACAACGAAACCACCAACAACAACGAUUUUUUCUUCUCCUAGUACAUCAUUUCGCUCAUCUCCUACAACUCAUUUGUUUUCUUCGCCAUCACCUACUCUGUCAUCAUUAUCACCACCUACAUAUUCUUCGAUAUCAUCUACAUUGGAUCCUUCUCUUCUUUCUCCGCAAGAAUUUAUCUAUCGUCACAGAGGUCCUGGUUCAGAAGCAAUUUCCUUCCAAAGGCAAAGCUUUAGGCCGGCUGAUGGUGUUUAUAUAACACACGCACCUCCCCAACAGUUCGACCAUUUUCAGUAUGAGUCAUCGAGAACAGCGCCUAGACCAGCAGUAUCUCGACCAUCUCCCUUUGUUCAACGACCGCAGCCCGCACCAUUUCGACCUACAACAUUGGAUCCCCGUGAUCAGUUAUUACGUCCAGGACCUACAUUCCAAUCCUCAGAAAGACAUGAAACAUCUGUAAAACAUAAGCCAUAUUCGUCACUGCCACCUCAGCGUCCGUUGCCAUUUAAUACUUUCUAUUAUGACCGCAAAAGAAGUGACGACUCAAUACCAGAAGAUGAAUCUUCGCUGUCACCUAGAUCCGUUGCACCUCCAACUGUUAAUGAAAGACCUCCAACGAAACCAAAAAGUCCACCUCGUGUAAUAGUCACUGCUAGUGCAUCGGUUAGUGACAGUAAUGGUAAAAGACUAAACUAUACUGUGGGCAAUGUGGUUAGUGCUGUAAAACCAAUUGUACAGAUUAAUUACGAUGACUAUAAAGAAUCAGACCUACUUUUUGACCCAUUCUUUCUUGAUGUCCCAAAACUACAAAAGCGUCGAAAGAAUAGAUCCUACAGAAAGAUUUUUACAGUUCCUGAUACUGCGACUAUAUCCUCCGAAUUAGCGGGAGAUAAAACAACGGCUACCAUGGCGCCUGUAACAUCGAGAGCAACUACGACUGAAAGGCCAUCAACAACUCCGUUUACUACGACGAACACGCCAUCUUGGAAUCCAAAUGACUACGUAGAUGAUAAUUAUGAACCUCAUGCUUAUAUACCACCCAUUCCACCCCUAGCAAUACUAGUGCCCCAAGAUCGAAAUAAAUUUAGAAAUCAAGACAGAAAAUCAAUUAAUGAUCUGAUUAAUAACAGUAACCAUCAUAAUGAAUCUGAAUCUGGUCAAUUAGAACAGCCUAAGCCGACGUCUGCAGCGCAGACAAUCUCUAGUCAAAAUAAGGGCGCGGGCGUGGCGUCUCCCGCUACCGCCACCUCCUUGUCGCCACCGCCGCCCCUCCAGGCGCCCGCCUGCGCCACCUCGCGCUCCUCUGACUGUCGGACUCGUGCCUAAAAUAAUAUUAGCUCACUUUAAAAUGUAGAUAGAUAGUAUCAUAUUUAGAUAGGUAGUGAAUUUUAUAACAAUUUUUGGGACGAUAUAAGAAUUGUAAUUCAUCAAUUGUUUAUAUUUAAAUGAUUCUCAUAUUGUGUCCAAACUGGUCUGCUCAUGACAGAUUUCGAUCGUUUAAUGUUAAUAAUGUAAUAUUUAUAUAGUAUAGCGAAUUAUGAUUGCUGUAAAUAUAAUAAGAAAAUAUGUUAUGGCUACGAAUGUAUACUUUAAAAUUCAAUAUCGUUUUUGUUAUAUAAGACGAUAAUUCAACAUUUUUUUCUUUUGUAAAUAUCA